GUGAGGUGAAGGGUUGGUGAGAAUUUUGCGUUGGGGCGAAUGGCAAGGAGAGGACUCAACAGUGAGGUGCUGCUUCCUGCAACAGCCAUUGCCGUCGGUGGAAGACACAGGGUUUUAGCUAUGGGAAAAAGGAAGGCGAAAACAAAGCCUCCUCCUAAGAAACGGAUGGAUAAGCUUGAUACUGUCUUUAGCUGCCCUUUCUGUAAUCAUGGCACCAGUGUUGAAUGCCGCAUUGACAUGAAGAACUUGAUAGGGGAAGCUUCUUGCGGGAUAUGCCAAGAGAGCUUUAGCACUACCAUCACAGCUUUAUCAGAGCCAAUUGACAUAUACAGCGAGUGGAUUGAUGAAUGUGAGCGGGUGAACAACCUGGAAGAUGAUGGUGCUUAGCAGUGAUGCUCAGAUUCCUGUUCUUAUGGUAGUGGAUGGAGUAACUGGCCAACUUUAUAUCUUCAACCUGUAUGUAAUUAUGUUAGUUCCUGAUGUGAGCACUGGCGCAACUAUAAGAAUAUCUAGUAAUAGCCAAGUUUGUAUUAGCUUGUGCAAGAAUACGAGAAUAAUUGUGCUAUUUGGAUGAAGCUACCUUGAUGAGAAGCUGGUAUGUAAUAUUCUAUGAUGAUACUAUAAAACUAAUGCAGAAUAUUUACUGGUUGCAUACGUAAGGCUCUUGCGUCUUUCUACUUCCCUUGGAAGUGACUUGGGCCAAAGGGGUUGACAUGAAGCUUGAUGGCUUGGCCUAUA